GCUGUUUACCAGAAGAGCAUAACAAGGGCAGGUCUGACUGCAAGGGCUGAGUCCCGGAAGGCAGAGCCGCUGCCAAGGGGGGGACCCUGGUUGGACACUUGGGUGUUCAGGCACCUGCAGGAUGGAGGAGGGGAGGAGGAUGCAGUUGGCCUGGGUACAAACCUUGGUCCUCAGCAACAUGCUCCUUGCAGAAGCUUACGGAUCUGGAGGCUGCUUCUGGGACCACGGUCACCUGUACCGAGAGGACCAGCCCUCCCCAGCGCCGGGUCUCCGCUGCCUCAACUGGCUGGACGUGCAGAGUAACCGCUUGGCGUCGGGCCCCGAGUCGGGCGCCGCCGACAACCAUAACUACUGCCGGAACCCAGACCAGGACCCUCGCGGACCCUGGUGCUACGUUAGCGGCCAGACGGGUGCCCCUGAGAAGCGGUCUUGUGAGGACUUGCGCUGCCCAGAAACCACCUCCCAGGACCCUGGAGCCUCCACUACAGAGACAGAGGAGGAAGCACCGGGGACGGAGCCAGCACAGGUGUUCCCUCCUGCUAACGCCCUGCCUGCUCGGAGCGAGGCGGCCGCUGUGCAGCCCGCGGUUGGCAUCAGCCAGCGGGUGCGGAUGAACUCCAAGGACAAAAAGGACUUAGGGACUCUAGGCUAUGUACUGGGCAUUACCAUGAUGGUGAUCAUUAUUGCCAUCGGAGCUGGCAUCAUCUUGGGCUACACCUACAAGAGGGGAAAGGAUCUGAAAGCACAGCACGAGCAGAAAGCGUGUGAGAGGGAGAUGCAGCGGAUCACCCUGCCCCUGGCUGCCUUCACCAACCCCACCUGCGAGCUGGUGGACGAGAAGACCGUGGUGGUCCAUGCCAGCCAGACCCCGGUGGGCCCCCAGGAGGGCAGCACUCCCCUCAUGGGCCAAGCUGGCACUCCGGGAGCCUGAGCCCCUGCUGUGCAGGAGCCCAUGCAGAGACACUGGUGCAGGACAAGCCCCACCUCCUACAGCAGGGAGGAUCUACACUUUGUGUUGUGGUUCAAAUCCUACUUUUUUUUUUGAGUGGAUCCUAAUUGUCAGAAGCACGUGGCACGCUGUGGACUUUGAGGGCAAGGCUGGGCAGGGCCUUCCCAUGCUCUUUCUCCAGCCCUUGGAAAAGGUAGUUUUGCCUAUGGAGGGAGGUGGUGGUGGUGGCGGCUGCUGACAAGGGCUUCCGAACAUUGCCUGCACCCCUGAAGUGUUCCCCGGGGACAGAGGAGCUCCCCCACGCUCCUCAGUGCUUGCCCAAGAUGGUCUCCAUCUCCGCCUUUCCAUCUGUUUUCCAUGGAUUCAGUGGCGUACACUGUUAUCCAUAGCUACAAGGUCAAGCAGAUCAAGAAGGGGAGGGGGGAAGUAUAUUUUAGCUUGUAAACUAUUCAAGAUAGAAUUCCCUGCUGACCUCUGAGAGCCGGAAAUGAGUCUGUGGAGAAGUCAGAAUUUGGGGCUGAGGACAGGAUGUAGGCUGGGUGUGUGUGCUCCAGCUUGCUAGCAUUGAGUGAUGUGCCUUGAUACCCGUGGGCCAGGCCCGGGCCCAGGAACCCUUCCUGCUGCAUAAGGGAAGGGGGUUGAAUUGCACUAAACAUUCCACUUAGGAAGAAGGUUGAAAGAAGGCUCUGCUCUUGCUUUGGGCCACAGGGGCUGCAGAGGUGGGCCUGAGGUAGCCCCCACACAGUGUUUGUGCAGGCUAAGCAGUGACCUCAUGUUACGGGUAAGAGAGCAGCCAGCUAACCUGUGGAGAAUUGCACUAAGGGACCCUGUGAUUUGCUUCUGGAAAUGAAGCUCAGAAGAAAGGCAACACAGCACUUCAGGGCAUGUUCUGUGGUGGGGCCUCCAAGGCCAGCAGCGCUUUCUGAGGGGACAGCAGAGUUAGGAUCACGCCCUUGAACUUGUAACAAUCAUGCAACCAUUGGAAAGGAUGUUAGGGCUCUUCAAGCAUUUUAGGCCCAGGGGGGAAAAAGUGAUUUUGUUCCUUCCCCUCCCCCAGGUCAGAGGGCAAGACACUGGCACAGGCAAGAGGAGGGCCCAGCUUUCUGACCGUGAGCAAGUGUUAACGUUUCUCCAAUGCACUGUGCUGCCCUGUGCUGGGGGCUCAGCGGGGCUUCCUAGUGUUGAGGUCACACUUGGAAGUCCUGGCUGUGCUCCCCAACCACAGAGCUUCCCUCCCAUACCCCUUCUACUGCCCCAAAGUGGAGUGGCGGGUGGGGUCCCUUGGUGUUAAUGAUGCUGGACAAGAGAACAUUACUGGUUUCUACUUUUCUAUAACAGCAUUUCUCUGUAUACAUGUUUUAUAUACCUCAUACCUGCAUAUAUAAAGUACGAGAAAUUGCUCUG